AUGAGCCUCAUCUUUCUCUACCGCCGAAUUAUGGACAAGCAGUCUGUGUACAAUUGGGUACUUCACGUUAUAUCCGCCAUUGUAUGUGGUUACAGCUUUGCAAUAGUUUUUGCACUUGUGUUUGGGUGCAAUCCAAUUGAGAAAAGCUGGGAUAUGAGCAUUACGUCAGGAAAAUGCGUCGACCGCAAUGGACUGUAUAUUGCUACGGCCGUGACAAACAUUGUUACCGACUUGGCACUGAUAUUGCUUCCGAUUCCACUUGUUGUGGGCCUACAGAUGCCAAAGAUCCAGAAACUUUAUCUGUUGCUUAUUUUUCUGAUCGGGUGCGCUAUUCUUCGGCUUGCGACGUUGGUACCAUUCCUUACCGCAGACGAUGUAACCUAUCAAUUGGCCUGGCCCCAAGUUUGGAUUAACGUGGAAGCAAAUCUUAUUGUGAUAUGCCCAUGUCUUCCUUCUCUCCGUCAAUUCAUGAGACACCAUGUUCCAGGAUGGGUUGGAGAAGCCAGUAGCAACGCACGACGUUACUUUGGUGCCUACCAUUCGGGAACUGCCUCUCGCAAUCGGUUCAAGUUCAGUUCCUCGAAGCAGCCUGAUGAGAUUGCGCUUACUGAGAACGGCGAAAGUAUUCAAAUGAGCCCACAUAUCGUCAAAGAGGUCCAGUGGAACGUGACGGAGGAGCGAGUGGACGGUCAUCUGGUCAGACCACAUUGA